UUAAUUUAGUUAAAAAUUGCCCCUAUGGAUGGACAAAUUUUGGAGUCCAAUGCUACAAGUUCUUCUCUCAGACGGUCAACUGGGUCACAGCAGAGAAGCACUGCCUAAGUAUGGAUGCAAAUCUCGCAUCUGUACAUAAUAAAAUAGAACAAGAUUUUCUCCUGAGUCUGUUGCCUUCUUCUUCCACACAUUGUUGGUUUGGUACUCAUGAUGGUAACCAUGAAGGACAGUGGUUGUGGACUGAUGGAACUCCGUUUGACUACACCUACUGGGCCCCUGGACAACCUGACAAUCUGCAUACCGAGAACUGCGGGGAGUUCAACUUCAACA